GUUGUGGGAGUAUGCAUAAGAGAGGGAAGAAUAGCGGAAAUCUCUCAACCGUGUGAACUGUACUUUUGGGGAAAUGGAAAGACAAGAUCAAAGAGUUCAUUUCUUUUAGUGGCGAGGAAUCUGCAGUGGGAGAGACUCUUUGUGACUCUGCAACCUGAACUGGAUUAGUGCACAAAAAAGAGAAGAAAAUAAAAGAAAAUGCUGCGCUAUUGGGGUGAGAUCCCUGUUUCCUCCAGUCAAGCCAACCGCAGCUCGUUUGACUUACUUCAGCGGGAGUUUCGCACUGUGGAGGUCCAGGAUCCGCCAUUACAUCAGCCUUCGGCCAACAAGCCCAGGCCUACCACCAUGUUGGACAUCCCCUCAGAGCCCUGUAGCCUCACCAUUCACACGAUCCAACUCAUCCAGCACAACCGACGGCUGCGCAACCUCAUUGCCACGGCUCAGGCACAGAACCAGCAGCAAGCAGAAGGCAUAAAGAUGGAAGAUAGUGAGCCGUUGCCAUCCCGUCCCACCUCCCCUCCGCUCCCUGAUGACUUGCUUCCCUUGGAUAGCAAAAUACCCAAGAUGCCAUUUCAGCUGAGACACAGUGACCCAGAGAGUGACUUUUACAGAGGCAAAGGAGAGCCAGUAACGGAGUUAAGCUGGACCUCUUGCCGUCAACUUCUCUACCAGUCCAUAGCCACUAUUUUGGCCCAUGCAGGUUUUGAGUGUGCCAACGAGAGUGUCUUGGAGACACUGACAGACAUUGCUCAUGAGUACUGCCUGAAGUUCGCCAAGCUUUUGCGUUUUGCUGUGGACCGGGAAGCUCGGCUUGGGCAGAUACCCUUCCCAGAUGUCAUGGAGCAGGUGUUCCACGAAGUGGGCAUUGGCAGCGUGCUUUCCCUGCAGAAGUUCUGGCAACACCGCAUUAAAGAUUAUCAUAGCUAUAUGCUACAGGUCAGCAAGCAGCUCUCUGAGGAAUAUGAAAAGCUCGUCAACCCUGAGAAGGCAGCAGAAGACACCAAACCUGUCAAGAUCAAAGAGGAGCCAGUCAGUGACAUCACAUUUCCCAUGAGCGAGGAGCUAGAGGGGGACCUAGCAUCAGGGGACCAGUCUUUGCCUGUGGGGGUGCUCGGAGCUCAGAGUGAGCGUUUUUCGGCCAACCUGGAAGCAGAAGCCUCUCCGCAAGCUUCAGGUGGUGAAGUGAACACUUCGCCUCUGUGGAACUUGGCUCCUGUAAAAAUGGAACCGCAGGAGAGUGAGGAGGGCAACGUCCAUGGGCACCAUGGAGUCCUGGGCAGUGACGUGUUUGAGGAGCCCAUGUCAGGCAUGAGCGAGGCCGGCAUGCCCCAGAGCCCAAAUGGCUCCGAGAGCAGUUAUGCCUCUCAUUCUCCAGAUAGCUUAAUGGGAUCCUCGCCAGUCUUCAACCAGCGCAGCAAAAAAAGGAUGAAGAAGAUGUGAAUUUGGUGGGCAACACCUUGAACUGGCUCAACAAAGAACUGAGGAGUGAGACAGGAUUCUGACCAAGAGGUUCUACUUUGAAUUGGAAACAGGGGAGGGGGGGUUGUUGUGCGCAAUGCUUUGUCUUGACUGGCCCUCCCACUGCCUAUCUGCAGUCUGCUUUGAAUAUUCUCUGCAACAUCCCCCCCCCCCCAAAAAAAAC